CCGGUCCAAGGGUGGCAUCCAAGGACCUACCAGGGUUGGCCUUCACUGAAGUCCACCUCUGGCCACCAGCGGCUUCCUAUUUUCCAUCAGCAAAUACCUACUUCUCCUGCCCUGGUGGACUUCCACCACCUGAUUGAAGGCAGGCUUCCAGGGGAUCAGAGGCCACUGUCCUGGCAGAUGACACAUGAUAGGAGGGCUUUGCAGAUCAGCAGAGGGCAAGGCAGUGACCCUCGGAGGCCCUGGGUGGUUCCUGGAAAGGACUUACAUAAGCUACAAGGAAACUCCCUGCCGUUAUAUUGUCUAUCCACCUUCAGGUGGGUGUGUGCAACCGGAGCGUCACAGACUGGCUUUCUCCCCUGGACCUGCAACUGGUCAGGAAAUGCGGACUUGGAAGAUCAUUCCAAACACCUGGUAGAACUAGGUUUAUGCCAGAACAUUCUGGAAAAGAAGAAGAAGAAGAAGAAGAAGAAGAAGAAGAAGAAGAAGAAGAAGAAGAAGAAGAAGAAGAAGAAGAAGAAGAAGAAGAAAGAGGCACCAUCCCUGUGUAUGGACUCUGGUCCUUGGAGCUUGGAACCUGCUGUACACCUGCCAAGGCUGAAGUUCAAGGCCCUGUCUUCCCGGUGGAACUGACACUUGUGGCAAGUUCAGCUCAGGAGCAAGACGUUGUCGUCACAGGUAGGCGCUCUGUGGCCCGCCUGGCCACUUCCAGUCAACAUGGUGGACACAGAGAGUCCCAUCUGUCCCCUCUCCCCACUUGAGGCAGAUGACCUGGAGAGUCCCUUAUCAGAAGAAUUCUUACAAGAAAUGGGAAACAUUCAAGAGAUUUCUCAGUCCCUUGGGGAGGAGAGCUCCGGAAGCUUUAGUUUCACGGACUACCAGUAUUUAGGAAGCUGUCCGGGCUCCGAGGGCUCCGUCAUCACAGACACCCUCUCUCCAGCUUCCAGCCCCUCCUCAGUCAGCUGCCCUGUGAUCCCCGCCAGCACGGAGGAGUCCUCUGGCAGUGCACUGAACAUCGAGUGUCGAAUAUGUGGGGACAAGGCCUCAGGCUACCACUACGGAGUCCACGCGUGUGAAGGCUGCAAGGGCUUCUUCCGGCGAACUAUUCGGCUAAAGCUGGUGUAUGACAAAUGUGAUCGGAGCUGCAAGAUUCAGAAAAAGAACAGGAAUAAGUGCCAGUACUGCCGCUUCCACAAGUGCCUGUCCGUUGGGAUGUCACACAAUGCAAUUCGCUUUGGACGAAUGCCAAGAUCGGAGAAAGCAAAACUGAAAGCAGAAAUUCUCACGUGUGAACACGAUCUGGAAGAUUCGGAGACUGCGGACCUCAAAUCUCUAGCCAAGAGAAUCCACGAGGCCUACCUGAAGAACUUCAACAUGAACAAGGUCAAAGCCCAGGUCAUCCUCGCAGGAAAGACCAGCAAUAACCCGCCUUUUGUCAUACACGACAUGGAGACCUUGUGUAUGGCUGAGAAGACGCUUGUGGCCAAGAUGGUGGCCAACGGCAUCCAAAAUAAGGAGGCGGGAGUCCGAAUCUUCCACUGCUGCCAGUGCAUGUCCGUGGAGACCGUCACCGAGCUCACAGAAUUCGCCAAGGCCAUCCCGGGCUUCGCGAACUUGGACUUGAAUGACCAAGUUACCUUGCUAAAGUAUGGCGUGUACGAAGCCAUAUUCACAAUGCUGUCCUCCAUGAUGAACAAAGACGGGAUGCUGGUAGCCUACGGCAAUGGCUUCAUCACGCGAGAGUUCCUCAAGAACCUGAGGAAACCAUUCUGUGACAUCCUGGAACCCAAGUUUGAUUUUGCGAUGAAGUUCAACGCCCUAGAACUGGAUGACAGUGACAUUUCCCUUUUUGUGGCUGCUAUAAUUUGCUGUGGAGAUCGGCCUGGCCUUCUAAACAUAGGAUACAUUGAGAAGAUGCAGGAGGGUAUCGUGCACGUGCUCAAGCUCCACCUGCAGAGCAACCAUCCGGAUGAUACCUUUCUCUUCCCCAAACUUCUUCAAAAAAUGGUGGACCUUCGGCAGCUGGUCACGGAGCAUGCGCAGCUCGUGCAGGUCAUCAAGAAGACCGAGUCUGACGCCGCAUUGCAUCCACUACUGCAGGAGAUCUACAGGGACAUGUACUGAUUUUUCUUGAGAUGACCGUCCAGGGACCUCUGAGGUCUGCAGCCGCACACAGGAGAACAGGGAUUUGCACAGAUGGCCACCCUCCCACCCUUGGAGAUGAAGAGGGCUGAGCCUAGGUAAUGGAGGCUCCUCCCACAUCUUUCCUUUCUGAAUGGGCACUUCUAAGAAUGCCUGCUACUCCAAUGCUGGUGAUCGGAGGCUAAUAGGAUUCAGACAAUCACGGAGAAUGGCAAUCCCCGGUCUGAUCUUAACUGGUCCAAUGUUAAUCAAUGCACCUCUCUACAUCACAUUUAUAAUUUGCCAUUAAUUAACGUGUAACCUCCCAAGUCCUCGUGUUCUUUUCUCUGCUUACCCGUCCUUCUGGCUGUGUGUGCCCUUGUAAAUCCCGAAAACUAAUCUGCACUUUUUAAUCUUUAAAACCUACAAGUCAAGAUGUAGCCCAAGGUUAGCCAUUUAAACAUGGCAAAAAAAAAAAAAAAAUGUUUACUGGGAAGGCUUCACUUCCGUUUCCUGGCUCUAAGAAAGAGAGCUGGCUUCUGAGAACAUUCAAGAAUGGUUAGAAUGCAGCCCCAUCAUUUUCUUUGUUGAUUCACUGUUUUGGGGGGUGUAACUAAUGUGUGGGGGAGAAAAGCAUUUCCGGGUUUGCAUAGAAGUUCCUGGAAAGCUACAAUCUCAAGAAGCCUCAGGAGGCUUGAGCUAAUGUCUGAUACACAAAGACAGGAUGAGCCCUGAGUGACUAGUUCUACAACCCUGUUCAUGUUAAACCCGGAGCGUGUGGGCAUGACAGCAAUUCCAGAGAUGGACUGACAGAUUUGUAAACGCUCUUCCAGGCCCCUCUGGCAGCUCCUUUAAUAUGACACUUUAUGGCUUUUUUUUUUUUUUUAAACUAUUGGUGGGGAGAUAUUACCUGGAGUAGAGAAGACAAAAGUGAUUUUGCUACCCAGGUUGGGAGGAUCUGGUCACCCUGGAUCCUAUUUGUACCCAAUCAAAGAUCUCACAACA